AUGGAGCUGGCCAGAGUGGACGCCUUGGUCGACGGCUUAGCCGAGGCCUUUGAGGCGGGGCUCGACUUUUACAUGAGGUGGAAGAAGAGGGUCGACAGCCAGAACCACUACCGCCGUCCCGAGAAGGCCUCGCCGGCCGCUACCAGCAAGUGCGCCGUCAGCACCUCGCUGGACAUGUCCAGCCACCGUAUCAGAGCCACGUAUCAGGUCGGCUUCGCCCUUAUCGGCCCCGAAUUCUCGGCCGGAGAUGGUUCGUCGUCGGUGUUCCCAGCCCGUGACGAGUUUGAUCGGCAAACCGCCGUCUGGUCCACCACCUCGGAUAUGCCCGUCUUCCAGUCAGAGCCUCCCUCGCCUCCGCUCACUCCCAAGGUGCCUACCGACGACACAGAAAGCUGCUUCGGCCUGCCGUCAGAAGUGGGCCACGCGACAGGGCGACAAGCGCUGCGCCCAAAGAAUAGCGUCUUCAGCAUCUUCUGCCCCGAGGCCAUGGCGCUGCAGGUGGACCCGAAUCGGCCCAUCCCCGCCUCGUCCAAGGGCAAGUGCAGCUGCGGAUACAGAUGGAAGGUCCCCGAACUGUCCGAGGCCACCAACUACAUGCCUCUCAAGGACGGCUUCCGCGUGACACGCCGCUUUCUCGCCAAGUCGCACUGCGACCAGAGCCCCGACGAAGGCGUGGCCAUCGGCAGCUCGACCGAGCAGCCCAGCCCCGGCUAUGGAUGUGUGCUGUGCACCUCGACCGGGCGCACCGAGACCUUUGAGACGGCCGAGAACCUCCAAACCCACAUCAACGCGACGCACGAUAAGUGGCAGAUGCUACACGACAAGGACAUGAUAUCGCCCGCCGUUAACGGCCUCGCUCGCUGA